AUGGGCUCUCGCCAUGGAUCCACGCUCAAACUCGCAAACCUCUUCUCCAACGCCUCCAAAAGAGAACCCUCGCCAUUGCUCGCCGUGUCUCUCACAAAGCGCAUCACGGAGCUUGGUAGACAUGGCCAAGUGGACAGAGCCCAUCACCUGUUCGUCCAAAUGCCGCAGAGAACCCAAGUCUCCUGGAAUGCCAUGCUCUCCAUCCUCAUUGACUCCGGACGGUUAGCUUCCGCACUUGAACUAUUUGAUGAAAUGCCUAAGAAGAAUUCAACUUCAUAUACAUCCAUGAUCACCGGCCUUUCGAGAGCCGGCUUCGUCUCGAGAGCAUGGCAACUCUUUGAUACCAUCCCGCUAUCUGUUCAGAAUGUGUUCUCUUGGACAUCCAUGAUUACUUGUUAUGCUUACAAUAGUGAGCCUUUGCAAGCCUUAAUUUUUUUUGCAAGAUGCUAUGCGGAGUUUUUCGAGCUAAAGAUUUUGCCCAAUUCGCACACUUUUAGUGUUUUGCUCAAGUCAUGUGUGUCUAUCCAAUCUCUGCAUGCAGCAAUGCAAGUCCAGACUUUGUCAGUAAAGGUUCUUGAGGAGGACUCUGAAAGUUCGACCUUUGUGCAGAACUCUCUGAUCGAUGUGCAUGCCAAAUUAGGCAAUUUGGUUGAUGCCGAAAAAGUGUUUGAUAGGAUGAAAUUCAAGGAUCUUGGUUCCUGGAAUACGAUAAUGGAUGCAUACACUCAUCACUUGUUGGUCAACAAAGCUUUAAGUGUCUUUAACAGCAUGACAUCGAAGGACACUCUUUCGUGGAACAUUAUAAUGGCUGGGUUAUCGAACAAUCACCGCGCUGAAGAAGCUCUGAAGCUCUUCAUCUGCUUAUUAAGGUCGGAAGAUGAUUCAAUGCCUAAUGCAUCAACAUAUACUAUCAUCCUAACUGCUACUACUACCAUGACAAUGCUGGAAUUCGGAAAACAAGUUCAUGCAAGCACUGUAAAAAUUGGCUUGUAUAAUAGCAACGUCUUUGUAUGCAACUCUUUGCUUAGUAUGUAUUCAAACUGCGGCAUUGUAGAAUUAACCGAACGAGUGUUCAAGGAGAUGCAUCACAAGGACAUUGUCUCAUGGAAUUCAGUGAUACAAGGACUGGGGCAGAAUGGAUGCAGCAAAAGAGCUUUGGAGAUUGCUGAACAAGCAUUAUCUGCUAACAAAUUCAAUCACAAUACUUUUACUGCAAUUCUGACGAGUUGCAGCCAUGGAGGGUUGGUUGAUGAGGGAUUGAAAUACUUCAACUCAAUGAGUGAAAUCUAUGGAAUUGAACAGGGAUUGGAUCAAUAUGUUUGUAUGGUUGACAUGCUUGGGAGAGCUGGAAAGGUGGAAAUAGCACUGGAAAUGCUCUGUAAAAUGCCUUUCAGAGCAAACAGUGUUGCAUGGGAAACACUUCUGAGUGCUUGUGUGAUUCAUGGUAAUGUGAAUGUUGGAAGAAUUGCAGCAAAAGAACUUGAAAUUUUGAAACCUGGUAAUGCUAGAAGUUAUUAUGCAUUGGCAAGUGUUUAUCAGAAAGCAGGCAAAGCAGAGGAAUCAAAGAGAGUUCUUGAUUUGAUUUGGAACAAGGAGUUGAGGAAAAACUCUGGUUUUUCUUGGGUUGUUGAGGCAUGA